AUGGAAUUCUAUCGUCAGGCGUCGGAGGCAGUUGAGAGGGUGCUUAACAAGCAGACGUCGGUUAAAUCGUACGCCCAUUCCAAGCGACUGCUCGCUCUUGUACUGGAGACGCUCAAGUACCAGGAUGUGAUAAAGCAGCUGGUUGGAGUGACUGGGUUGCUAGAUAAAGAGAAGAAGGCGAUUAAGAUUGCCAAGCCACAAGGCGAUCCUAUUUAUCUUGUCAUGGUUCUUCUACACGACCUGCUAUUCUCAAAGCGGCAGGCGAUUGAAGCUGGCUCAGGGCCGAUCAAAGAUGCAAUUCUGCGCCACAAAACGAGAUUAAGGGGGGAACUCACCAAGUUGAGAGUCAAGGCUGGUGUGACGACGAAUAGUGAUUUGGGUAGGAAGGCUGAAUCUGAAGGAGAACUUAUUCCGAGAUACCUGCGCAUCAACACAAACAAAAUAGCAUUUAUCGAUGGCGUCACCAAGCUGGCUCAGCUGCUGGGUUUGCGCGAGGAUAAGACGAGCAAUGAGCAGCCACUAGCGAGUGACGCAUACAGGGUAGUGGAACAUAUACCGAGCCUGAUAGCAGUGCAUGUAAGGCUAUCGCAACGCAUAACGUCGAGCGACAUGUACAACAGCGGGGAGGUAAUACUGCAAGAUCUAGCGAGCUGCAUGCCACCGGUAGUGCUGCUGAAUGAGCUCAAAACAUAUGGCAAGAGGCUGGCGAGUGAAUUGGACAGUCAGAGUCACAACAUGGGCACGGUCAUCGAUGCGACGGCGGCACCCGGCAACAAGACUACGCUGCUGUCGUCGCUCAUGCACAACAAAGGCAAGCUACUCGCUUACGAGCACAUGCCAAAACGAUUUGCGACGCUCGAAAAGAUGGUCAGUGUGGCUGGUUGCGCUAACACCCAAAACGUCCUGGGUGAUUUCACCCAUUGCGAUCCAUUUGCACACGCCGACGUCACACACAUCCUCCUCGACCCGAGCUGUACGGGCUCUGGGAUUGUCAACAGACUCGAUUACCUCACUGAACAAGAUAACGACGACAGAGAGGCGCACGAUGACCGUCUCAGUGCCUUGGCGGCUUUCCAGGAGACUAUCAUAGGACAUGCGAUGAAAUUUCCAAAUGUACGCCGCAUCGUAUACUCUACCUGCUCAGUGCACGAGGAGGAGAAUGAGUGCGUGGUUAUGAAUUCGCUCAUCCAGCAUCCCGAUUUUAGACUUGCGAGCAGAGACUCGUGUCUGCCGGAAUGGCCUACGCGCGGUCACUCUGAGCCGUUUGGUGGUGAUGUCGGUUUGGCGCAGAGCGUCAUUCGCUGUUCUCCUGGAACCGACCGCACCAAUGGAUUCUUUGUGGCUUGUUUCGAGAGAGUGGAUACUGCAGAAGGAGCCAGAGUAGCAGCAGCUGCCCCAGCAAAGAAACGCAAGAACAAAAACAAGAAUAACAAAAAGAAGAGCAAAACUAAAAGUCAAAACCAAAGCAGUGAUGUGUAA